AUGUGCAGGAUAGUAUAUCGUGGAGAGCUGGAGGUUGUCAGAGCAAGUCAAGAGCAUUAUUACUUAUCUUAUCAGUACUAUGUGGAAGGUCGUGAUAGUGGUGUUAUCAGCUCUAUGUCAUAUCUACGCGCUGGACUACAGGCUGUGUCAAGAAACGCCGAAGGAAAAACAUUGUCUAAUAGAAUACAGCGUGCGAUAUCGAUGGCCGCAUCAAGUCAGAUCAUAGGUUACAGAAGAUGUUACAAGCUUUACAUUGAUCUGCUAUGUCUUGCCACCAACGGCGUACAAAUAUGUUAA